AGUGGGAGCACCGGGAGCCGGGGCAGCUGUCAGUCAAGCCGGGCUCCGCGCCGCCCGAGUCAAGCCGUUGUCCGGCGGCGGCGGGAGCACUCCCGACUCGAGGCUUCGGGCCUAACUAUACUCAGAGAUCCGGCCGGACUGGGGUCGCCCUUCUGCCCCUGAUGUCGGAGUGAAACGUGAUCACUUGGCCUGACUGAGGAGAGCAGGGGGAGAGAUGCUCCCAACGGCCUCCUCUCCCUCACAACCCCCGGCCCGGGCUCCUUCCUCCUCUCACUCGCGGGCCGGGCUCGGGGCCUGCCACUGUGCCGCAGGUCGGAGGCUGCAGCCUGGGCCUUGGGGUCGGGUUAGUCGCUAGCGGGCCGCUGCUGAGAGCAGGGCGGUAGCGGAAGGCCUGGAUGGUCGGGGCACGCCGGCUCUGCCGGUUGCCGACCGGAUCGGGCGGUCAGGGUUGCGGGGGUCGAGUGCGUAGUGGUGCUGCCCCUCGUCACAGACUCAGUGCACUGUCGGGCCAGCCUGGGUCCAAGGAGCUCCGAGGCGUGACCGGCCGUUGCCUGGCUGCCAUCACCAUCGCUUGCACGCUCAGAACAACUGGGCACCCAAGUGGGGGGAUGGCAUAGCAAAUGCCCCUCAACGUGGGCAAACAGAAUCCUGUUAUAGCCUCAAAUCGUAGGUAAAGGCAGUUCCCUCGUAUUAACCAGCCGUCAAGGACAUGUAUACAGAAAGGUGCUGGAAAAGAACCAAUAACGUCAUGGAGGAUCCCACACACCCUGCUCAUGGACUGUUUGCCCCAGUUCCAUGGCGUACACGCCAGAACCACCAACAGUUACAGUACUUUCCCCAGAUGUGAGGGGAGCAGCAAUAUGUCCAGAGUGUCAUUCUCCUGCUAUAAUGUUCUUAAUGAAUUUGACACCUGCCUCUGCAAUACAGACAGAUUGGCAGUCCUUUGGAGCUUCCCAGAGCUACAGCCUUCCUGUGGGUUUUUCCUCUGUAAAGGACAAGUUAGCUGCUGUUGGAAGUACUGUCAACGUAAGUGUACAAAUGAUUGUGGAAAACCUGCAGCCCCAUAACUCAUCUCAUGCUGUGAACAAUGACGCCAGUAGUAAUGCUCAAACAAAUCUAGUCACAAAAUGGCGGAGUGAGGGUGCGUUAGACAACAGCGCCAUCAAGCUUCUAAAAGGGGCCGCCGUAGAGGAUCUGAAGACCGGGUAUCCAACCUGUGCACUUGGCACAGAGGAGUCGAAUUUGGGUCAUUGUGAACUGGAUACAGACAGCGAUGAGUCUGUUGACCGAGAUAUAGAAAAGGCUAUUCAGGAAUACUUGAAGAAGAAGACAGAAGAAAGUUGCUCAAUGUCGAACGUCAUACAUGAUGCUGAAGUUCCUUCUGUAAUACAUCCACCUAUCAAAGACGCUGCUCCAAAUGUCAGUAAUAGAAUCUCACUUGAAGAAAAGGUGGUUCCCACUGAGCUUGUCAAUGUUGACCCUCUUCCUGCCCACCCAAAGGCUACUACAGAUUCCAGAUGUUCUUCACCUUCCAGCAUCAGCAGCAACGACUCUUUUGAACUGAGCAUACAAGCUGAGAUUGAAAGGUUCUUACAGGACAAGCGGGAUAAAGAAACCAGCAAUCCCAGUGACAAAUUGGCAUUGGAGGGAGGGCCAGCACAGAAGGAAAAUCUGGUGAAGGUAGGACUGAAAAGCAAGAAGAGGUACAUCAAGCCCAGCACAGGGAGCCAAGCACGUGUUGUCAAACCAUUGGUGACAAAUCCCAACACUCAGGUUACUGGCACCAAAUCCACCAAAGUAGGUGAAGCUGGCAAAUCUGGGAAGACCAGUGAAAGGAAUCCCAAGGGCCAGAAGAAGCUGGCCAAUGAGAAGCCAACAGCAAUGCCUAGCUUUAAGGAUCUCUGCAAAAGUAGUAACAUCCAGUUGAACAUGAAGACUGAAUUCUCUGUCCCAAAGCCUAAUUCCAUAACCACAGGAGCAGAGCUAUCUGACUCCAGUAGUGAUGAUGGGAUUGAGGAAGCCAUCCAACGUUACCAGUUAGAACAGAAGAAAAUCAAGGAUCUUCCCUUUGCUCUUGGACUGUUACCUCACAAGCCUCUCUGUUCCAUGAACUCUGAAUCCUCUUUGGAUGCUCGUCAUGCACCCAAGGACGAGGAGAAGGAAACAGCACGAGCAACUCUGAGCAAGAAGCGGAAGCAAUGUAUACCCAAGUCUGUGGAGUCAAAGGCACAGUAUCCACACAGCCUUUUGGAUACAGUCUCCAAUAAUCAGUUGAGUGAUGACUUUGUAAAGCAAAAGGAAAGGAAACACAUAGUCUCUGAGUUAAGUUUGAAAGGAACGGAGGCCCCAUCAGAAUUUUUUCGAAAGCAGGAAGGCCCUCUGGUGCUCAGUAUGGAUGGCAUGACAGGAACAACGAUGUUGGCCAGGGAAGAGCAUGUGGCCUGUGGGAAGAUGACCAGCAAAUAUGCCACUGUUAACUCCCAGCAAAUCUCAUCUUCUGACAGUGAAGACAGUUCUGUGGAUAGUAGUGACAGCAUUGAAAAAGAAAUUCAAAAUUACUUGGCUCUGAAGGUGAGCCAAAGCAAUCAGAAGUCAAAUAAAGUGGAAGCUGUGAGCGAGUCAGUCAAAGUUUUCCCCUCAGAUCUGAAGGAAAAAGAUAGUCUGAACUUCUUCUCUCCUGUGUCUUCAUCUCAGAUGCCCUUAUUACGGAAAGAAAGUCUGAAGUCUAAUGACAGUGUUGGUCAUAAAACUGGAAGAGAAAAGUUGAGAGAAAACCAGCCAGAGGCCAGUGAAGCACCUGUUUCCAGGAUUGACCCUGACUCUGCCCCCUCCAAGAUUAAACUUAAAGAUGAUCUGUUGGAGCAAGAUACUUUGGAGGUAGGCAAUGUCUGGGACAGCAGGGCAAUCAAUAUAAAUCAGGACAAGUUAUCCCCCAGUUGUACUACCAGCAUACAGUCCUGUCAUAAGCCAGUCCACGAUGCUUGGCAGACGGAUGACAAAAGUAGCUCACUGGACAGUGACGAAGAUCUGGAUACUGCUACAAAGGAUCUUCUGAAAACCAGAAAAAGAGUGGGGAGAAGAGCAAGGGACUCCAAGAACCGGUGCAGGAAGCGAGUACGGUUUACAGGGGCAGAGGUGCUCACCUUCUCUGAGCAAAACACUGGUAUUGGGAAUGAAACUCCCAAAGCCGCUGGUGAAGGCCUUGCAUUGAGCCACGCCCCCCUGAAGAGCUGUUUGUCAAAAUCUAGCAGGACAGUCUGUAGAAGUUAUUUAGACUUUAAAAGUAAAAAUAACAAAAGAGCUGGGGAGACAUCAGAAGGCGAAGGAAAUGGUAAUAUGGUUAGAAUGGAAAGGCCCGUAAUGGUCUUGUUAUCUACAACGCCAUCCACCGUGGUUGAACCGGUAACUCAAAAAACCAUGACCAGAGACAGCAGUUCCGGAGAUAGUGAUGAUGGCAUUGAGCAAGAAAUCCUGAGAUUCCUAGCAGAAAAAGCCAGAGGGAAUAGCGUAGCAGAGGAAAGCUUGAAAGACCAGGGUGAAGUGCAAGAUUUUACAGAGCGAGGCGAAGGAAACAGACCGUUAAAAGUGCCAGGCCAUGGUGGAGAUAUAUCUUCCAUUUCUCAGCAGACUGAGGGGUCUUGCAGCGUUGGUAUGAAGGAACUGCAUCAUGAGGAAGAGGCAGUCUCAGCUGGGUGUUCAUUUGGAGGUACAGAAAGCGCUGCUGCUACUGAAAGCAAGACUGGCAAUCAUGGGCCAGGUUUGCUUCGGGACGCUUGUGUUGUUCACAGUGCAGAACACCAGACUGAACACAGACUAGUUGUCAGAGAAUUGUCAACUGUGCUUCAAACUGAAACUGCACUUGAGCAGGGGAUUUUGCAAGUUGGUACCACAGACUGUCAAGGGAAAGAGAGCAGUAACAGCAAUUGUGACUUGCAUGGUACUGUCCUGCAGAUGGAUGAUCCCUUAGGAAACUGCCUCGCCCAGAACGUGCAGGAGAAACAGGCAGCUGCGGGUUUCAAAGCAAUUCCACCCUUGGUUCAAGAGCAAAGUGGACAAUAUAUUGAUCUCAGAGAGCAGGGUGUGAGACAGCCUCAACCAAAAGCAGUUCAAGCAAUGUCUUUAGAGGGAACUGUAAGCAAUUUGAAAUCAUGCAGUGUCAUCUUCACUGAACCUCUCAGUGACACUGCGCCGAAAGGCGGGGAGAAAGAUGCUAGCAGUAGAGCUAAAUAUUCCAUGGAAAGCCAGUCACAUGUAGGGUGCAGUACAGAACAGAGCCCUCAUACUGCAGGUAAAACAUAUUCACACCUGGGUUGGACAGGCAGAGAUAGAACUAAACCUGAGGAGGGUGGAUACCCAAGCAGGCCUUCAGGAUCUCUGAUGCCAUCAGUAAGUCCUGAUGUUCACUGCAGUCAGAUGAGGGGCCCGCCUUGUGUUACCUGGCGGGAGCAGAAUGACCACAAUUAUCAGAGUGGAAUGAGGUCAAAUCAAGACGCUAGACCUGAAUGUUUCAACUUUGUGAGAUCACAUUCAUGUGAAAAUAGAGGAGCAAGCACCAGUGUACCAUUUGCUGCACAUUCCAUACCUUCAACCCUCAAGGAAACCAGCAGGAUAGGUCAGAGCGUGCAGAGUACAGAGUCAGAGACUGCCAAAGGAGCAGUGAGUGGUGAGGGAACUGCUGAAGAGAAGGCCAGCAGUCAGCACUCGGGUAAAGAAAAUGGUGGAACUGCUCAAUGGCAGUCGCUGAACCUGUCUUUGUUGGAAGCUAAGAAUGAGGAGCAAAGCGACAGGAGACGAACAGGAGUGGGUUUUGAGGAGAAAAGUCCUCAACCCUUUUAUGACAAAGCAAAUGAUCAAUCAGACAAUGGUGAUAGGAUGGAGACUAGUAGUUCAGGACAGAAGGGACAGUAUACUGAUGUGUAAGUAUAACGUUGUACAGUAGAUUUUCUCUUAAUUAUUUAAGAUAACCAUUAAGUUCCAUUGUAGAUGGUGGAAUAUUGGCAAGUGGCUUAAGACAAUUUUUGGCUGAUGUGAUGAAAGGCUAUCCUAGAUAAGCAUUUGAUUUAGGGCAAAGAAAGUACAUUUUUAAAAUGUCCAUUCCUGUCUUUUCCAAAUAAAUGGGAUGAUUAAAAGUUGGGCUGUAUAGUUUCAAAGCAUUUCUUGCCAUGGCUGAGGCCCAUCCUAUGAAAUGUAGUUGCCAUUUGUUUCUGUGGUAGUGGAGGGCUCACCAUUUCUCAUCUUAAGUUGAUUUGUAUUUGCAUUUCUCAGGGUCAGUGCAGCACAGUCUUUCUUCCUGUCCAUAGAUAAUACCCAUAGCACAUCAUCCCAGAAUCUGGAAAAAUAGCCCCAGUUCUAAUUAUUGUUUUCAAGGUCAAAGCCGUAGUUAUGGUGAUCACUCUCAGCACUUCUGAACGAAUCAGAAGAUCCAGAUCCAGGCUCUGUUCCUGAUGAAUACAUUCAGGGAACAACACAGGGGAUUGUCUCUGAUAGCUCCUAAGUUUGAAUAGUACAAAUUGUGUUGACGUGUAAAUGAGCGUCAGUUGGAUGAGCUAUUCUGAAGAUUGAAAGUCAAUAAGAGUAAAGAUUGAUCUGGGAUGGAGAGCUACAAUAGAAAUUGUUUUUGAAUUGACAGAGGGAAAGUACUUCAAACAGAAAAUGUGUACAGUAACUAACUUGCACACAAACCUGCAGAAGGUACCUGAUCCCUUUUUUAUUGCAUUCAAAUUGUAUUUUUAUUUCUGUUAAGAAGCUGCACAAAAACUGUUUAAUUGUUAAUACAGGUAGUGGUAGCAGGUGACUUGGGAUGCCAGGAAGUGAGGUGAAAUUGCUGAGGAACAGACCCUGCUAAGGGACUAUAAUUUUGCAUUCGUUGAUUGAGGUUCAGGAUGCUGACACUGGAAAAUCAAAUUGCUAUCUAGUUGGGAACAGUACUACCAGAUGCAGAAAAAGGAUGGCUCUCUUUUCCUGGCCAUAGGCCUUAUCAUCAGCCUCAUAACUAGCAGCUCCUAAACCCCACUGUAUUAGAUUAUUUAAAUAUUCCUCUUGAAGCAAGGAGAUUAUGGACCAGAACUGCCAGUUCUCAACACCUACUUGAUCUCUGGAGUUUAAUUGGCCAUCAGUAGGAUAGCUUUCACCCUCGGCCAGUAGUUGAAGGUGUAGGUAAUAAUUACUUUUUGUUAUUAUCCCUGCAGGUUGGAAUAGGAUUUGCCCUUGGAUGUAAAUUAUCAAUGAAUUAUCAUAAAUCAGGGAGAUAAUUAGCAAAUGACUGACUUCAGGAACUUACUUUCCCAAACUCAUGGUCUUCAUGAGGAAAUUUGACCUCUAGAAAUUUUCAGGCUAGUAUGGCAAUAGGCAAGCCUACGGCACCUGCUAUUCCCAAACAGUCUCUCAUCCAAGUAUCAAUCGGGCCUGAGCAUGCUUAGCUUUCAAUACCAAAUGAGAUUAGGCACAAUAGUGGUCAGCAUAACGCUACUACAAUGUCAGUGACAUGGAUUCAAUUCCCACUGCUGCCUGUAAGCAGUUUGUACAUUCUCCCUGUUACCAGGUGGGUUUCCUCCGGGUGCUCUGGUUUCCUCCCAAUUCCAAGACAUACAGGUUAGUAGGUUAAUUGGUCACAUGGGUGUAAUUGUGCCUCGCAGGCUCAUUGGCUGAAAAGCCUGUUGCCAUGCUAUAUUUCUAAGAAGUCAGUUUUCUAGUAUGCAGCAGGAAGAAUUGUUUAAAAGAAAGCUAUUCACAGCUGAUCUCCGGCAAAGAGGGGGAACUGUAGUUUGUGUCAGGGUCAGGGGAGCAGUGUCAUCGAGGAUACUUUUUCCCCAUUACUGUCAAGCAGCACUCAUCCCAGGAUCAUCUGAGGGUAGAAGUGUGAGCUCGGUCAUGAAUGGGUUGAGAGGGAUAACAAAUCAGCCAUGACUGAAUGGUGGAGCAGGAUUCGAUGGGCCAAAUGGCCUAAUUCUGCUAUGAGGUCAGAUGGUCAUGAUCUCUCCAUGGCAAAUACUCUGUCAACACUCUAUCAACUGGGAUUGGAUUCUGUAAGGAGAAGCUGUAGAAAAGUACCUUGGGAAAGGGUACCCUAUUAAAAGGGGAGAAGUGAGUCAGAUAUGUACGGAUUUAUAUAUAAAUGCAAAGAAUGUCAAAUUCCAGCUCAGAACUCACAUAGAUAAUCAUGCAAAGGAAAAUAUUGAAAUAUGACAUUUAUACAGACUUUAUACUCCAAGAAUACAGAAUGACUUAUUUUAAUUAGGGCCUGUUUUAAAUUUCUUGGCUCUUUAUUUAUGUAACGCCUGGUGUAUUUAAUUCAGCAAAAUCCCAAUGAGAAAUGGGAUUUAUAAAUGAGUUACCUGGCCCUUCUUCUGAAUAACACAUUGCAGCAGCUUUGUCAGGAUGAUUUCAGCAAAACACAAUAAUGAUGUUGCACUGAAAAGCACCUUGUCACGUAGUGCUUUCCAGUGAAAAUUCUCUUAAGUGUCUAAACUGCUGUGGACAAUGAUUGUGGAACUAACUUUAUAAAUGCUGACCUGCUGAGUCCCUCCAGCAUUUUGUUUCUGUGCUUAUAAAUGCUAAUCCUUCUUUCCAAAAUAAAAUAGUACUAUCAUUUUCUGUUAACAUUUAACAACAAGUGCAGAAUAGAAAAUUGCAGGAGUGUAGCAACUCCUGGGGAAACGGUCACUAAUCUAAAUUCAUUUUGAUGGCCUUUUUACUGGAAUGAAGUGUUGUGGCUUACAGGGCAGUUAAUGGUGAUGGGACCAAUUUUGAAGAGAUUAGGAAAAGGUUUACCAACAACAUCAGUGUAUUGUCUUAUGUGGAAUAUUCUGUCCACAGAUUUCAUCUGAGUCUAAAUAUCAGAUUUAAUAACAAGUGAUUACAUAUAAGUAAUGAAUGUUGCUGCAAAGACCAGCGUUUAUUAUCUAUUCCAAAUUACCCUUGAGAAUGUGAUGAUGUGAUAUCAUCUUUAAGAAUGCUUAGUGAUCCAUGCAUGCUCUUCUGCAAUCUUCAUUGAAUUGUGUCCCGUACCUCAACAGUAACGAGGAAGUGCUGGGUCAUGAUUCUGAAUAUUGUGGUGAAAUACAGUUCUACUAUUAAUUGUGUCUCAGAGCACCUUAGACAUACCCAGUUUUGAAAUAUCAGUUUUAUUUAGAAUCUCUCUAACAGAAAACAGUGAUUGUAUCCUACAUCAUAGCAAUGUGAGGUCAAAAUCAUGUUGAUUUUUCUUCUUCAUCUUCUGCUGAACCACUCACAGUCAUGUCCUGGAUUUAGCCAGCUAGGUGAAAAAUGGUACACUCAAACUACUCUUGAAGGUGGAAAAUAAAGACCCUUUUCCCCUCCUUGCUAUCCACCCAUUUGGCUGCAUUUUAUGCCUUGUUCUUUGUAGUAAUUUUUAUUAUGGUGGAGCACUAAUUCAUCAGGCAAGGCAGGAUAGGAGGUGAUGUUCUGCAUAGAUUGCCUUGCCCACCAUUGACAAUGUUGAAGUCUCUGAGAAGCACUCUUAUUUUUUUGUAUUAGUCAUGAUGGGUAUGUUGAGCCAAUGAGAAAGGGAUGGUAUUGAAGAGUAUGAUUCUUUGAGGGAUGGAGUCAAGUUUGAUAGUUCUAUUGAACAGCAUUCCCAAUUUUGGCAUGUUUUCAAAGUCUCCAGAGCUGUGAUGUCUUUCCCAUGCACAAAUUCGCAUGAUCUUUCUGGUAUGGAUAUUGUGUAGCAGUUUGAUUGCCCUUUCCCUUCUUGGAUACCCAGCACAGAGCCACUGGACCUGUUCUAAAUCUAUUCUUUUGAGGGUAGUGGUCAUGCCACAUAACACAAUGGAGCAUGAGCUCAUGUUGAAGAGACUUCAUGUUAAUUGAAUUUAAAUUCUUUGGCUGUCUCGGUGAAACUUGAGCUCUUCAUUUAGAGAAUCAGCAACGACUUGGAACCUGACAUCUGAAUGCAUAAGCAAUGUAAGCACGCAGCAGCUGAUACUGGGUUUGGUCUUAACUUGGGUGUGAAGUGAGGUGAAGUAGAUUGAACAGUUUUCCCAGUGGUUCUGCAGAUGAACUUCACUCUAAUGGGCAGCUUGUUGGAGGCAUAGCAAAGUAUUACAGCAAGAAGAUGAAAGAGUGCCAGAGUGAUUAUGCAACCUUGUCUGAUACUGAUCUGUAGUGAGAUGGGCCUCUUGUGAAUGUAUUAAUGCAUUGGUUAGGUAAACCGUCAUGAAGCAAAUGUAACUCAGAGAAAUUUGCACUGGCAUCCAAAUGUAACGAGGAUGCUCCACGGUCCCACACAAUCAAUGUAUUCAAAGGUUUGAGUGAGGUAGAAAGCCCCAUGUUUUGUGGUUGGUGCUGUUCCCUUCACUUCUCUUAGACUUGAGGAGUUAGUGUGUCACUGGAAAGAGUAUCUUGGAGAUCCCUAAAUAGUUAAGAGAAUUGGGUUUGUAUCCUUGCUUGUGGAAACUCAGUCAUUCUGAGAUUCACUGACACUUCCUUCUCUUCUCAGAUGUCAGAGAUAAAGUUGUGGACUUGUGGGAGAUGUUCCUCACCAUCAAGUAUUAAAACAUUAGCGUGUAUACUGUAUGUUCGCAGGGCCUUUUCAUUUGGCUUUUCACCUUUUCAACUUGUCGAUCAAAGUUAGUAGCAAGGCUGCAUGAGAUAGUUUGCAGUUUUGAAUUUAUCCUGUUCAGGAUGGUGGUAAUGCCAGGUAGCUCAAUGGAAAAUGUGGUUUGCAUGGGUAUGGAAUUUCACCUGACUUAACUAACUGAAUUUAAGUUCUCUAGCGAGCUUGGUGGGAUUCUAGCUCAUGUCACUGGAUCACCCAGGAAUGGCUUCUAAAAUAUUUGUCCAGUAAUGAAACCCUUCUAAAUGAAACCACAUACUCUGUAGCAUUAUUCAUUAGUGAUCCAAAGAAGUAAUAAAAUCAUUUCACUUUUGUGUUUUUAAUCCAUUUUUUCCAUUUUUGAUGUAUGUGUUGCCAAAUAUUUUUUCUGUUUUGUGAAUUUUCUUGUGAUGUUGAAAUUUCUCCUCCGUUUUUGCCUGAGGGGUAUAUUGUGCACAUAGUUUUUAACAAAUUAUGUGAAAUAUUUAAAUUAUACAGUUCCACAUUUUCUUGGCAAUUAUCUAAUAAAUAGCACAGUCUUGUGAUACUUGUGAUGUCGGUUAUUAUUUCUCAACUCUUCUGCUGGGUGCACAAGGUUGUAGAUAAUUGAAUCACUUUUGUUCUGUCUUUCUUCUCUUCUCCACCAACAAAAUCCCAUAACCCCAUACGUUACAAUCUAUCACCCCGACACUCUACUCCAAUCUCUCCCACUGUCUUCCUCCUUUUUCUAGUCCCUUCCCCUUAUCCUUUUCUGUCUGUCCCCACUCUCUAGUCUUUCUCUCUGUUGACAUACAUGAGAAUAUCUCCUGUUUGGUGUUUCAAGUGAGUUCUUCAAAAGAAUCAGCGAAGUAGUGUUCAUGGGUUUGUGAUGCAUUCGGAAAUCUGAUAGCAGAAGGGAAGAAGCUGUUCCUAAACCAUUGAGUGAGGGUCUUCAGGCUCCUGUACCUUCUCCCUGAUGAUAGUGAAAAGAAGACAUGUAGGUGGUAUGGGUUUUUAAUGGUAGAUGCCAUCUUCUUUAGGCAUCACCUUUGGAAGAUGGCGUCGAUGGUGGGGAGGCUUAUGCCCAUGAGGGAG